AUUGGUUUAUUACUUGCAAAAACCUUGUUAGUAUUUUUCAAAUAUAAUAAAACUUAUCAUCUUAUUAUCAUCUUUUAUUAUUUUUGGAUUGUAUACUUCUUUAUCUUUGGAUUAUUAUUUAAAUCAUAAUACAAGCAUGCCUAAUGUUUACAUGUUGUUUAAUGCUGCGCAUUAUGAAGCUUUUUUGAGAUAUCUUCAAUCUACCCAGCCUACCACAGCAACAUCUUCAUCUGCAAUUAGUGCUCUAGUUCCAUCCUCAAUUGCAUUGAGUGUUCCAUCUACAUCUGCAAUAAUUGUCCCACAACCUCCACAACAACUAACACAACCUUCUGCUGAGCUUACCUACGGUGCCUAUAGAAGAUAUAGGGACCAGCACCCUGGACCGAUGAGCAAUCGAUCAUUUUUGCGGUGGGUCCGGUUAGGAGGGAAUGAUGGUGAGUCAUUCAGCUGGGCCUAUCAUCCUCCUAACAGGGGUGCUGGAAGCUCCAGCAGAAGAGGAAAUCGUGGAGGAGGUCGUGGGCGAAGACGGAAUGGUGGCGGCCUUGUUGUGAAUGGUGGCAUCUUCUAUUACUAGGCGCCACCACUCCUUUAUUUUUUUUUAAAUAAAUAUAUAACAUUA